GAGAGUCACCUCCCCUCUUGCACAAACCAGAAGAGCAGAUGCUUGAAAACAGCCAACCAAUGCAGGGAAUAGAAAUGUCAAGAAAAAUCACAAGUUGCUGUGUGGCACUGUUGCUUGCCCUGACCUCAGUGUUUGGGGCUCAGCAAAGGCUAAACUCCAUCAAUGAUGUGCAACUGCCUAGAGAUAUUCUUGAGCUGCUUCGCUGGUUCGCCACUCAAGUGACCAUUAACAAUGUCAUCCAGCUAAACUUUGCCUGUGGUGAAUAUGGCUCACAUCAUUAUGGAAAUUUUGAAAGGCUGUUGGAAGAACCACGCAGAGGGUACCGAUACUACACUAUUGGUAAUAUCAAUGAAGGUUCGUCUCAUCUUGACCAUCCCUGGACCCAGCAUGCUGGACAGAACAAGGCUCGGAUCAUAUUUAGCGUCAGGAACGAGUAUGGAACUCAAUGGACUGUGGACAGAGUCUACAUCACACGGCAUUAUGACGCAUCUAGUAGACAAGGAACAAGCGAGUAUGAUCCGGACCAAACAUACGAAGUCUCUACCAACUUUUUAAGAGAAAUCAGGAGGUUGUCCAUUGAAGAAAUCCAACGGAUUGCUGGCGAUUCCCAGUUCAGAAACAGAUUAGGUGCCCGAUCACAGGAAUUUCACUUCCCCUACCAGAACAGCUCCAGACUUCAAUCUACUACAAGAGCAACCGAUCAGAGUGACCUGUGCUACAGAAUUCUUGCAGUCAUUGUUAUCAUUUUCUUAUUCAUUAUUGUUGCCCCACAACUUAAUGUGAAUAAAUAGCAAGACAUUAAAGAGAACAUGAAUCCAGACAGAUCAACCAAACUAAUGAUGGUGGCAAAAACCAGAAAGCCAGCAGAACCUUUAAAUUGACUGGUGACAAUUAAAAAUUUACAAAACUUUGUACCACCAAGCGGCCACCAGGUGCUAUUUUAUUCAGUUGUGUGCUCAGCUUUACUGGAAACUAGGGCUGGGCAAUUAAUCGAAUUUUAAUCGCAAUUACGAUCUGGGUUUUCAACGAUCAUAAAAAUGAAAUGGUCCGAUUAUUUUUUGUCCUUUGAUUUGUGCUGUUUUCAAAUCAAG